CCUCGGGCACACAACCUCGUCAGUGCCACAGGACAGCACCAACCGGGUGAUAGGCUUGGGAGCGGGACGCUGGAGCCGCUGCACAGCGAAACCCCACGACGACCCUCGCAGCUUCGCACUUUCGCUUGGCUCCGUGAACAGUCUCCGCCACGUAGCAGUACUGCAGUAGGUGCUCUCCUCAAAUGGACGCGCGCGUCAUCAAGCCUCCAUGACUCCUUCCAUGCACUACAAAACCCCCAGGAGCGCCUCCGAACCUCACAGUCACAGAGUGCUCGUCACCUCCACACGCAAAGCCACGCCACGCCCCAAUCGAUCGGCACUUGCGUUGAGCCGAGCUGCCGCGUUUACGGCGUAUAGGCCGGUCUGCUGCUAAGUUCGUUGGGCGGAGGUCGAUCGCUACGUAACGCAUACGUAGCUAGUAGCAGCCGGAGUGCCUGCAGGAAGCAGGAAGCGAGAUGAUGAUGCUGGGCGGUCGCGCGGCGGGGGCCGGCGGAGGCGGAGGCGGGCGGUGCCCGUUCACGGCGACGCAGUGGCAGGAGCUGGAGCACCAGGCGCUGAUCUACAAGUACAUGGCGUCCGGCGUGCCCAUCCCCUCCGACCUCCUCCUCCCUCUCCGCCGCAGCUUCCUCUUCGACCCCGCCCUCGCCACUUCCCCUUCCCUCGCCUUCUCCCCUCAGUCCUCACUGGGGUGGGGGUGCUUCGGGAUGGGGUUCGGGAGGAAGGCGGAGGACCCGGAGCCCGGGAGGUGCCGGCGCACGGACGGCAAGAAGUGGCGCUGCUCCAAGGAGGCCUACCCGGACUCCAAGUACUGCGAGAAGCACAUGCACCGGGGCAAGAACCGUUCAAGAAAGCCUGUGGAAAUGUCCUUGGCCACUCCCCCCCCUUCCUCUUCCUCCUCCCUCUCCGCUUCUUCCUCCUCCACCAACGCCUCCUCCGCCAUUAACGCCGCCACCACAACAACCACCUCCUCCUCCCCCGCUCCCUCCUACCACCACCACCACCGCCAUGAGUCCUCCUCGCCGUAUACCCACCACGCCCUCUACGGCGCAGGCGCCGGCGGGCCCUACGGCGGCCGGCAGCAGGGGUACCAGGUCAGCGGCAGCCCGUACCAUCUCCACCUCGACACCACCCACCCGCACCCGCCGCCGUCCUACUACUCCUCCGCCAUGGAUCACCACAAGGAGCACUACGCCUACGGCCACACCGUCCUCAAGGAGCCGCCGCCUACCCACGGCGAGCACGCCUUCUUCUCCAGCUCCGAUCACCACGCCGCCGACAGACCCGGCUCAGACCACGGCCAGUGGCAGUUCAAGCAGCUGGGCAUGGAGCCGCCCCACAAGCACAACAACAACAACAACACUCCCAUCCUCUUCUACGGCAACAACGGGAACAACAACGGCAACGGCGCGGCGUACGCCAUCGAUCUCUGCAAGGAGGACGACGAGGAGAAGGAGCGGCGGCAGCAGCAGCAGCACUGCUUCCUGCUGGGCGCCGACCUCAGGCUCGACAAGCCGUCGUCGCAGCACGCCGCCCAGGCGAAGCCUCUGAGGCCCUUCUUCGACGAGUGGCCGCACGAGAACAAGGGCGGCGGCGGCAAGCCGGGCUCCUGGAUGGGGCUCGACGGCGAGACGCAGCUCUCCAUCUCCAUCCCCAUGGCGUCCGCCAACGAUCUCCCCAUCACCACCACUUCCCGCUACCACCACGGUGAAUGAACGAUCCCAAGUUCCCAGCGUCAGUACCGUCCUACGAGGACCAGACAGCAUCAUCAACACGGAGCAAAGUCAUUAACCCGGUCGGUUCUUUCUUGGCUUUGCUGCAUGCAUUCCUGAGCCACCAAUCGAGACUUGCCUGGAUCAUUCAUCUCGAGGCAUGUCAUGCAUGCCGAAAACCUCCUGUUCGAGCGAUAGUUGAUCAAGAUUUCCGUUUUCCGUUCCAUUUUCUCCCCGUCUCUUUUUUGCAAUGUUAAUCAGGCUGAGGCUGCCCGAAUCUUCUAGCUAGGGGAAUAGAUUUGUUUUUGCCUUCAUGCAGUACUACCUGUCUGUCAGUCUAUCCCUGUAAUAUCAUUCAUCAGAUGCUCGUGACUUGUGAGUGAGCCGAGCGUGUUCGCUUUCUUUAUA